AUGACAUGGCUGUUUGUAUCUGCAGUUCCCCCCAAAGUGUGGGUGGACGUCAACGGGCGUGACAAGAUCACCCUCACCGGCGGCUGCCCCGCCCUUCACCACAUGGACGUCAUUCAGCUGGCAUGCGAGAAGCUCAUGUUUAGUGUAUGCGAGAAAACGGCGUCUGUCAGAAGAGCUGAUAGACCAAUAUCACCGGCCCGGUCGAACCAGAAGCAGUUAUUGCGCAUGCUCUCCACGAGCCCGCAGUCAAUCAUCUGCCCUAUCCAAACCUCCUCUCCAGAAGAGCACGUCCUGUGGUUCAAAGAUGGCGUCCGUGUACAAACCUCCUCCGACGCACAUCUACAACAGACCUUCAACAAUGUUCCAAUUCAACAGAGAGCCAGGUCACUGCAGCUAGGCCUGCCCCUCCUUCGGCGUCUGAGUCAGAGGACCGGGGGGAGAGUGAUGCACCCCUCCCGUCUCCAAGGCAACUACUGGUGCGAAGUUUGGCAACUCAACCCCCUGCUCAAGGUGAAGUCGCCCAAGUUCCUAGUCGUCUUCACAGACGUCAUUACCCUCCAUGGCACCCUGCAGACACGCGGCGUUCCAACCAACACCUCCGUCACCUUCAACUACAUGGACCGUGCCGUCGACGUCCCUCUUAACGUGGCCAACUACAUGGCAAUCAUCAACAACAACAUCACCCGAUCCAUGAGGAUGGUGGACCCAGGCCUGAGAGACAUCGCAAGUUACGUGGAUCAUGUUGAUUCAGACACAGGGGUCAUUGACUUCUUCAUCCAGAUAUCCCUGGUGAGAAACGUACCAGACAACUAUAAAGACAGAGUUGUCUCCCAUUACCUGACAUCUCUUCACUCCGUCUUGGUACCACUGUCACGUGAUAUCAGCCAACACUGGAACCUGUCUCUUCCCGUCACAGAUGCGAUCAACUUGACACGUACAGAUUUCUGCCCACCCGCCUACCUAGAGGACAGCAGCACAGGGUUUGGUGCCCAGUUCCCCCAGACAGCUAUAAGAAACAACGUGGACAGCAUUGAACUUUGUGAUGGCGUGGCUGUCGGCUAUGCGAAUUGCCAGGGCAACUACGAAACGGGCGCUUACUGGGAGAACUGGCAAAUCGACACUGACUGUCACAGGUCCUCUGCUAGCACACUUCCGGUCACAGAUUCUGAUGAUAUUGUACGGAACCGGAAGCCCAACAUCAGUGAACCGGAUCCUUUCAGAACACCGGGUUCUCAUUUACCCCGUUUUCAGUUGAUGCCUUCAAAAGAUCUGGCACAUUUAGACGAGAUUGAAAUAGAAGAUGGCAACGUCCGGGAUGUCACGGACAAAAUGGCGCAGAUUCUGGACAAAACGUCAGACCUAACCGAUUCCGAUAUUGACACAUGUGCCGAGGUCAUUGGCCGUAUAGUGAAGGUCACAGCACCGUCGGCUAGCCAGAUGGGUCACCAACUUCUUCACACAGUCAACAGGAUCCUGGACGCUGACACUGCCGCCAUUAGAAGUGCCCAACUGAAGUCUCGGGCUGCCACCAGGAUCGUUGAGAAUCUCGAGAAGUUCAGCAUGAAGACCGACAUCGGAACCGCCAAGAACAUGCGCCUGGUGACUCCUAAUGUUGCCAUGGAGGUGUGGAACCUGGACGCCGGGAUGGCUCCAGUAAUCGGUCUUGGAGCCACUGUGGGGGGCAGCUGGAGCUCCCCUCUCACCAACCCCCGCAUACUGACCAUCCGAGACCGCUUGGACAGCAGUCUGGCCGAAUUUGACGUGGCCAUAGAGCUGCCACGGGAACUCGUCGUCAAGAACAUGCAUGGCGAGAGUAACACAACCCGCCUCUCAAUGCUCAUCUACCGGAAAACGGGUCUCUUUACUCCUGUCGUCAACUCCAGUCUCGGUCUCGUCAACAGUGCUGUCAUUUCCGCUACACUGGGAGGCAAGAAGAUUGAAGGGCUUAACGACAUGAUUCGGAUGGCUUUUAGACCUUUUGUUGACACGAGGAACCACCUGAAGACGACGAAGUGUGCGUUCUGGGACUUCCUUGACAACCACGGUAUGGGAGGAUGGUCGACAGAAGGGUGUUACUACAACGGGACGAUGUUUGGACUGGACAUCUGCAUGUGUAACCAUCUGACCAACUUCGCUGUGCUGCUGGACUUCUACGGACACAGCAAGCCUGUGGAGCCAGAACACGAACUGACGCUUAGCAUCAUCUCCCUGGUCGGCCUCAGCCUCUCCAUCUUCGGCCUCGCCCUCACCAUCAUCACAUUCAUCUUCUUCAAGAAACUACGUCAAGGUCGCGCCCAGCUGACACUGUUCCACAUGGCCGUAGCCCUGCUGUGUUCCAAGGUCGUCUUCCUCGUGGGCAUCAAGCAGACCAACAACGAGUACUUCUGUCUGUCCGUGGCGGUUUUGCUGCACUACUUCAUCCUGGUGUCGUUCCUGUGGAUGCUGAUAGAGGCCAUCUUGCAGUACAUGACCUUCGUCAAGAUUCUUGGCACAUAUGUAACGCGUUAUGCGCUCAAAACCGCCAUUCCUGCAUGGGGCCUGCCUCUGAUACCGGUGAUCUCAGUGCUCGCUAUCGACUACAACAUGUACAGAGGGCGACAGUCGUACUGCUGGAUGGGGAUGGAAGCCUUCUAUUUCGCGUUUGCUGUACCAGUCGGCGUCAUCGUUGUCGUCAACAUCGUCAUGUUCAUCAUCAUCCUCGUCAGCCUUGUACGACGACCCGACGGUCUUCGGAGCACCCAGUCAAAACAACGACGAGCCAAGAUGCAGUUAAAGGCCGCUGUCACCAUUUUCAUACUGCUUGGAUUGACGUGGAUCUUCGGGUUCCUGCAGAUUGAGGAUGCUCGGAUCGUGUUUCAAUACAUCUUCACCUUCCUCAGCUCCCUGCAGGGUUUCUUUAUUUUCGUUAUGCUGGUAGCAAGAAGGAAGCAGGUUCGCGAUCAGUGGUACAUGUUGUGUUGCAACAAGCAGGAUAAUCGUCGCGCUCCUAAACAGGUGUCUCCAACCAACAGCAACUCAACGUCGUCAAACGGCUCCGGGGGUAGUCUCUCCUUGCACAACAGCAGCACAAGAACUCUUCGCACCAACAUAGAUAGGGAGAGCUUUGACUCCGUGUACUACAUACCAACACGGAGGAUGCCAACAGCCUACAAGGCGCUGUAAGGAGUAGAGGACACACAAGAAAAGUUAUUUACUAUUAUAGUAAUUUGACAAUAUUGUUGCAAAUAUUUGGGCAAGUCGUAGUGAAACUGUGCUAUUCCUCUUUACAAUUUUUAUUUUCUAAAUCAUCACAAUUACAAACAGCUAUAAAAUAUGAAACCAGUAAGCGAACACCACUCGAAAAACGUUGCCCAAUAGGAAUCUAUCCUCAUGUCUUUCAGUGCCCGGCCAAUGUAGUAGUUGCAACCGGGGACGUAGUUUCAUUUUGUUGUACCGGCAGCAGUGUCCCGGGCAUCUGUGACCCUAGCUUGUGGUGUAUGUAUAAGCCCAUGUUGUCUGUCUCAGAGUAAGGUGGUGGUAUCCGAUCUUAGUACACACCCCGACAUCCAGGGAAACCAGAAAUAUUAUAUGUGGUCUUUGAUUCGUCAGUGUGAAUCUCUGGACACACUGGCGCCACUUCCUAUGCCCUUUCCUUGUCGAACAACGCGACGCUAAAACGUAACUGUAAAAUCUCAUGUUGCUGUUCUUUCAUGACGUAAACCAGAGGCUAAAGCACCUCAUGUCCCGCUCGUGGCUGGUUUAAUGACUGGGUUCCGUCUAAGCUCAAACGGGCACAGCUGAAAGAAUUAUCACGUGUGACUACCUACAACAUAUUUCGAAAUGAUACACUUAAAAUUUCGUUCAUAUUACAUUACAGUGCUAUUUAAACACAUCAGAAUUAAGUUGGUAUACAGCAUGACUGAAUACUGUCAACUGUAUCUUAUGUAAUAUUAGCAGAAGGAGUAUGUAAAAUCAAAAAUUAUCCCCGAAGGAUGGUAGUUGAAGUCAUACGCGCAUUCUGAUUGGUUUGUCGUAUUUUCACACAACACGUAAAUCGAUAGGAUGAUGAGAAUUCUUGCAGGUUGGGAAUGUUGUAGUGAAAACAGAGAUAAGUCAUAUGACGUCACCUCCGACACGAAUAACUGAUGGCUACGGAGUCCACGAUAGUUGUCAUGGAGAUUGAAUACACUGGAUAAUCGAGGCUGGACACUGGAUAAACGAGGUUUCCCUGAAGUAAUACCGUUACAUGCUAUACAUACCAGUGAUGGAAACUGUAAACAAUAAAACGUGAUGGAUCCAGUCUGUAUAGGAUAUUAAAUGGCAUAAUGGCAAUAUUCUAACAAUACAGUCGCUCAAGCAUCACGUGAUGCAAACUCGUCUGUUGAUUGGUCUCCAUAAUAAUAUAUUUGUUUUGAAGUGACAACAAAUUUCACUUUUAUAAAGAGGAACAUAUUUUCUUUGUACAAAAAUGUAAAUAGAUGGUUAAAUAAAUAAUUGCACGUA